GUACCACUUCACUCGUACCAUCCAUAUGCCCAGAGGUCGGUCGACUUCGAUGGCAUUGCCUUUUUCUGUAGUUUCAUGAACGUUAAUCGCAAUUCAACUCACCUGGCUGAACGUAGCCGUGCGAUAGCAUUUGUCAUAUUAUCUCCUCCAUCAGCUCACCUGCGAGCAGCGAUAGCGUUUGUUAUUUCUGCCCGGCUUGCCGUGUUUUUGAAAUCCGUAUUUUUUAUGUGCGAAGAGUGCUCAAGUGGAAAUCCGGGAGAAAUAUCGAUAAAACAGAACUUUACGGUCAUCGCUAGUUCGGCGUGAGUGAUGAUUUCGAUUUAAUACGAAACGUUGUUAAAGAGACAUUUGUUUCAGUGAACUGUUUUACAUUUAGGUAUUACACCCUUUAAUUAUAUGGAUUAAAAAUACACUUGAAUCUAACCAUGAUGACCAUGGAAUAUCCCAUAAGUCACCAUAAGUACGCAUGCUCAACGAUGUCGUCUGAGACUCUGAGCGGCAGCUGCGGCAGCAGAAACAAUCGGGUCAGAACAAUUCGGCUUGUUAAACGGCAUUCUGGAAACGUGCCCAUUGGAGUUGGAGGCAAGCAUGGUGCUACUUUGGGGUUCAGCAUUAGAGGCGGGCACGAACACGGCACUGGCUUUUUUGUGUCACACGUUGAAAAUGGUUCUGAAGCACACGCUCAAGGAUUGAAGGUCGGAGAUCAAAUCAUCCGAAUAAAUGGUUUUACCAUCGAGGACGCCAUUCACAAGGAGGUUCUUCAGCUCAUCUCGAACCAUACUCAUCUCACUCUUAAAGUUAGAAGUGUGGGAAUGAUUCCAGUGAAGGACAAGAAGACGGACAUUUUAAGUUGGCAAAUCAUCACAGAUACUAACUCAUGUUCUUCAAGGUCGUCACCACAGUUUAUUGAGAAGAAUAGAGAUGUUCGGAUACAAAUUAUGGUAGCUCCUAGAUCAAAAUUAGGUUGUGGAAUCUGCAAAGGCCCUGAAUGGAAGCCUGGAAUUUUUGUACAAUUCACCAAAGAAGGGGGAAUAGCAAGAGAGGCUGGAUUACGACCUGGGGACCAAAUAGUUCAAUGCAAUAAUGUUGAUUUUUCUGACAUACCCUUUAACGAGGCUGUAAACCUCAUGAAAACGUCUCGACAACUUGACCUUCUGAUAAGAAAAGCUGCAGCCUCAGAACUAUUCCCUGGAGAGUCGAGUGGUUACAAUAGUUCAGCAAGUUCAGUUACUGAAGAUCAAAGUUCAUCGUGGGGAGAUCCUAAAAGGUUGUCGAUAGUUAAAGAAGAAAACCAACAUACAGAAGAGAGGUUAAAUCAAAGAAGUUUUACCAAUAGUUGGAAUUUACCAGAUUGGGAAGAGGAACCAACUGAAAAAAGUGUAUACAAACCAACCAUCAUCAAUGUUACUGAAAGUGGAACUACUAUCAAAAAUAAUGGCAUAGAAUACGCCUCAAAUAAGCUAGAACAAAACGCUUCCCAUUUGGAAGACCACAAGAUGCCAGAGAGAACAGAUAGCAAAGUAGUUGUAGAAGUGCAUAGAAGCGACGAAGAUGACAGUCCCUGUGGAGUGAACGGACUAGCUAAAAGCUCGUCUAGCAGUAGUCUAGCAAGUAAGGCCAGUUUAACAAGUGCAGCUAGCAGUAGUUUGUCAUCGGCAAUAUCCAUGGAGCUUAAAAGAAGAUCGGAGAAAAAAGCAACAAAACCACCAGAAGACACGUCAAUCGAUGAACAAUUACAGAAAAAAAAGUUACUUAGGGGACUUAGUUCUGAUCAACAGUUUCAGCACACCAAACUCAUGAACGAAUUUAAGCAGGCUCAUCAAAAAAUGUUCAAAACGUCUAGUCUGGAUUGUACAAAAUCUAAUUCCGCUCUAGGGAAAGAUACUUUAGAGAGGCUUGCCCACAAGGAACUGUCCCAAAAAUUGUCAGAUCGUUUGCUCAACUUAGCCAGUAAUGAAAACAACAGACCUCAAGAGGUUUCCUCACCACCUCCACCACCACCCCCUCCUCCAUCACAGAUUCUUCCAUCUCCUACAAUUCAAUCACCUUCAGUCAACUCCAGUACCCCACCAGCUCCCAAAAUAAAACCCAAAGCCCCACCUGUUCCCAUUAAACGUUCCGUGCUGUCUUGCUAUCAACCUCCACCUUGUCCGACCCCAGAUUAUGACACACUAAGUUUGUCUUCUACUUCUUCUACCAUAAAACCAGCACACGUCCACGAAUCAGUAGAAAUGGACUCGUUAGAGUCUUUCAAAAUGCACAACCCGAACCAUGUGACACCCAAACCACCUGGUACAUAUUUCCAGAAGAGGGAUUUAUGCUCUAAGUUGUCAAACGGGUCAGUAGCAUCAUCAGCUGGAAAGGAAAGGCCCAAAUCUGUAAAUAUUAGUAUUGGGGAGUAUGCUGUGGUGAGAAGUCCGCCCAGGAAAUUGGAUUUUUUGAAGAACGGAACUCUGGGGAGAAAGAGCGUUGGGAAUAGUCCAGGAAACUUGGCUUAUGAAUUGACACAAACGCUAAACAAGUCAAAUUUAAGGAAAAGAACGGAAUCAAUGGAUGAUCUGUUGAACACACCAGAAAUAAGAGCUCAAAGCAACGGAACAGUCCGUAUAUCUGUUAGUAACUUGGCAAAGGAAUUUGCUAAAUCUACCAGCGACCUCACUGAAGAUUACGAGGUGACGUCCAAAACAGGAAAUCGAAUAAUGAUUAACAUUAAUCAGGAGAAAAUGAACGGUGUUGAACGAAUGUCCAACAACACUUACGGUUAAACCAAUCAAAAUCAUUUUGGGAGUGUACCAAGUACCAAGUGCAAAUAUUAAUCUCUAAUCGAUUAUUUAGUAAAAUAAAUAGCUUAAGUUGUUAUUUUUAUAUUAUUUAUAAAUCUCUUUUUCUAUUGCCAAUUGUUAUUUUUUAUAUGUACGUAUAUGUUAAAUAAAUAAGUAUAUAAGUA